ACGCGCCAAAUUCCAUUAGUCAGAUGGUGUAAAAACAAGCUCAACUCAAUGAAAACACAUAUCGCCGGGAAUAAAUGCUCUUUUAAUUUCGUGAGAAAAGUGCAGUUGUUUUUUAUUUGUAUUUUAUUGUGAAUGUAAAUGAAUACGUGACAAAUGGCUACGACAGAUUUGUUGAAAGAAAUCUUUGAUGAUUUCGGAUUUGAAAUGUCCGAAACAAUGAUUGAACGAUGCGUCGAUUUGUGCAUCACCUAUUCAAUUGAUCCACGUGAAUUUGUGGAAAUCUUUGUGGCAUUCAGUAUAAACCAUUUGAACGGUGCCGAACCAACCGAUUCCACGCUUGAUGAUUUCGAACGCAAAGAAUUAGCCAAUUACAAAGCUAAAGCCAACAAAACCAACACCAAUGUCAGAUUACAAAGAAGUAUCAAUGAUUACGAUGGAAUUGGAUCGGACGAAGAGGAUAAUGAUGUGAUGGGAGCUUAUAUUUGUACCACACCAAAGGCACAAAAACCGGCUCGAUCACGUGGAAUCAGUACACCUGUCAGCAAUAUGAGGAACAACCAAGGCUCAAUGGACUCACCAAUAUCUGUCCCUGUAAAAGACGCAACCGGAAAAGUGGUUUACACAUUUGGCACAUCCGCAUUGAUGAAAACGAUUGAUUGGAUGAAUACGGCUAAGCAAACGGUGAAAUUUGAACGAAUAUCGGAGCAAUUUUCCAGCGAUCAGCAUUACAUGUACGACAAUUUGUUGCAAAAAACGAGCAUCGCCGCCGAUCGCAUAUUCGAUAUUGGAGAAGAGAUUUGUGCUAAACUCAUCAAAGAACAGGCAGAUGUUUAUGAGAAAGAUUUAUACAAUCAAGUCUUUAAAUUGAAUGCUCCAACACAGGGCACAAUCAAAAGUGUUGGUCGCAUUUGUUCGGAUAGUGACGAUCGGUUGGGCUUGCAUUCAACGUUGCUGAUCAGUGCAGAUGAAAUGUGUCUGCGACCAUAUCAUUUGCAUUUUGAUCGAAUGAAAAGUUUUGCAUUGUUUCCGGGGCAAACAGUGUUCGUGCAAGGCCUGAAUCCACGUGGCGAUUCAUUUUUUGUAGACGAUAUCAUCGCCGAACGAAAUUUAACAUAUGCAGAUCCACCACAAGUUAAAGAGAAUCUGAAUAUCGUUGUGGCAUCCGGCCCAUUUACGUCAAAAACCGACCUUAGCUAUGAACCAUUGAACGAAUUGCUCGCAUACUGCAAACAAAAUACACCCGAUGUUUUAGUGCUUCUGGGACCAUUCCUCGAUGCCGAUCAUCAAAGCUUGUUGGACGGUUCGAUGAAACCGUCGGUGGAAGCAUAUUUUGAUAAAAUCAUUUCUGACAUCGUUAGUAACAUUAGUGCCAACACGGAAGUAUAUGUGGUAUCAUCGAGUCAAGAUGCACAUAGUACGUUCGUGUAUCCAACAGCCCCGUACGAAUUAUCCAAAAAUGUAACGAACCCACCCAAAAAUGUGACAUUCCUUCCCGAUCCAUGCAUUAUCAAAUUGAAUGGUGUUACAGUCGGAAUGACUGCUACCGAUAUUUACGGUCACAUUUCCGACGCGGAAAUUACUGCUAAUGCCGGCGACAAAGUGAAACGAAUGGCAAACUAUCUGUUCAAUCAAGCAUCGUUCUAUCCACUGAAUCCGUCAUCCGAUAAAGUGAGUGUAGACAGUGGGUUGGCGCAACAGUUUGCAACAUUGCCCAUUGUGCCGAAUAUACUGAUUCUAAAAAGUGAUGCCAAAUGCUUUGCGCGCGAAGUAAAAGAUGGUACAAAUGGUUGUUUGGUGCUAAAUCCGGGUUCAAUGUGGGACACACAAAACUCAACGAAGGGCACAUUCAGUCGUUUCAUCGUUACACCGACCACUGAUGAUACGGUAUCACUGAACAGUAUCAUUGCCUGUCAAAUUAUGAAAGUUUAA